AUGAAUUUAAAUAAAUUUCACACAAGACAUUAAUCGCAACCAACUUUAUGGAGUCUGCAUCAGCCAUAGCAUAAACCUAACACCAGAGCCAAAAUAAAUCAUAAGAGAAUAGUAUUGCCUGUUAUCUCUCAAAAUCCCGCAGUGGGUUACUAUUCUCCCAAUUUACAAAGCAUUUACUCGAAUCCCAAAAUUGCUCGAAUGCGCAGUGUUACUAAAAUACCUACAACAAAUGAAUAUUCGCUUGAGAAGAUAAAACCCUAAUAAAGCAACAAGAAGUCUUCUUAGAAGCUCACUAUUUUGGAAAUGAUGCUCAAAGAAGUGGACGAGGAAGUCGAUCAGGAUUUGAGGGAGAAUCCUAAAUGUGCCAAAACUCCUUUGUAAUUAUAACCAUUGAAUGAUAAUUUCAUAAAUUAACUCAAAUAUUUGAAGUUGAAUUUGCAACGACUCCUGAGGAAGAAAAUAUGA